CAGGCUAACCAGGACUUGCCAGCUCCCCCAGACCCAUCCAUGGCCCAGGCUUUCCCAUCAGCCCCAUUUGCUCCCACACCCCAGAGUAGCAUUCUAGCUGACUUUACAGCUUCACAUGCCCAUCCACAUCAACACUCUCACCCACACCAGAACCCGGCAGCACCACAGGACUACACUGGGGUCCAGGGUUCCAUCAGUGACUGUCCACUCAACAUGUACCAGUCCUCACAGAACCACAAUGAGCAAAGUGGAUCAGACUCUGUCAGUCAGACAGUAACCGGCACAGCCACACAAACAGAAGAUGUUGCUCAAACAGACAGUCGUCCAUCCACACAAUUGGUACCUGAAAGCACACACAACAAGGCCCAACCAAAGAGACUUCAUGUCUCCAACAUCCCCUUCAGGUUCAGAGACCCAGACCUCAGGCAAAUGUUUGGGCAAUUUGGCAAAAUUUUAGACGUGGAAAUCAUCUUCAACGAACGUGGUUCUAAGGGUUUUGGUUUUGUAACAUUCGAGCAUAGCGUGGAUGCAGACAGGGCAAAAGAGAAAUUACACGGCACCAUGGUAGAAGGUCGUAAAAUAGAGGUCAACAAUGCAACAGCCCGUGUAAUGACAAAUAAGAAGACUGUCAGCCCAUAUGCAAAUGGCUGGAAAUUAAAUCCAGUGGUUAGCGCUGUCUCCAUCCCAGAAUUCUAUGCAGUACCAGGAUUUCCCUGCCCAGUGCCCACUGCGGCAGCAGCAUACAGAGGAACGUACCUACGAGGUCGAGGACGGACUGUGGACAACACAUUCAGGGCAACUGGACCAGCUCCCUAUGUCCCAGCAUGUGGAGGGUGA